AUGAAAGGAUUAUCAAGUAGCCGCAGCCAUCAUCAUGGAGUUGUAUGUGAUUCAAUAUGCGAAACUCUGCCUCAUCACACAGAUAGAAAGCCAUAUUUGCUGAAUCCAGUGGAUCCUCACCCUGCAGAUCAUCCAUACUAUGCUCAAAGGAACUCCUAUCCAGUAGAUCAUAUGGUUUCCUAUGGGGACCCGAUUGCCAGCAGUACAUUUCCCAGAAGACAUUAUAGUUCCCACCAUGACGUUAAAGACGACUUGGCUCUAGUUCCCCAUGGAUCAGUUGGAAAAGGCAACCGCAUUCCUUCAUCUAUCUUGGAUCAGUUUGAAAGACAAAUUCCCAUUAAUCGUGAUGGAUAUCACACGUUGCAAUACAAAAGAAGUGCAGUAGAACACCGAAGUGACAGUCCUGGGAGGAUACGCCAUUUAGUUCAUUCAGUUCAAAAACUCUUCACUAAGUCCCAUUCCCUUGAGGGUCCAAUGAAAGGAAAUGCCAAUGGAAACAAAGCUAAUUCAGAUGAAAUGCAGACUGUGAGAUAUGGAAAACGUAGUAAGAGCAAAGAAAGGAGAGCAGAAGUGAAACCUAGGGCUAAUAUAUCAGGAUGGUGGGGAUCACAAGAUAACUUAGACAAUGAUGUUUGCAUCUACCAUGGUCCUUCUACUGUCAUGACUAUGGGGAGAUGCCCUGAUCGUUCCACUUCCCAGUAUUUUAUGGAGGCAUAUAAUACUAUUAAUGAUCAUGCAUUAAAGUCAUCGCGAAGCAAUAAUGAUGUCAAAUGCAACACUUGUACAAAUCUGCCUGUGAAUCUGGAUAGUCAGAUAUUAAAGAAAAGUUCUUGGGCAUCUUCACUAACAGUAAGCAGGGCACGGGAGGUCUAUCAAAAACCUGCUGUAAAUAUGGACCAAGCUCUGGUUAAAUCUGAAUCAAUCAAUCAGCCACAAGAGCGUUCAUGUCAGUUUCUGCAGGUGCCUCAAGAUGAAUGGAGUGGAUACUCCCCUAAAAGCAAAGAUGAGAUUCCAUGCAGGCGAAUGCGCAGCGGCAGCUACAUUAAAGCCAUGGGAGAUGAUGACAGUGGAGACUCUGACACAAAUAGCCCUAAAGCAUCUCCAAAGAUUGCAGCUCGAAGGGAGAGUUACCUUAAGGCUACUCAGCCUUCACUCACAGAACUCACUACACUUAAGAUUUCAAAUGAACAUUCCCCAAAGCUUCAGAUUCGGAGCCACAGUUACUUGAGGGCUGUAAGUGAAGUUUCAAUCAACAGAAGCAUGGACAGCUUAGAUCCAGCAACACUUCUUACAUCUCCUAAAUUCCGUUCAAGGAAUGAGAGCUAUAUGAGAGCCAUGAGCACAAUAAGCCAGGUUAGUGAAAUGGAAGUGAAUGGUCAGUUUGAAUCUGUCUGUGAGUCUGUAUUUAGCGAACUUGAAUCUCAGGCAGUGGAGGCCCUGGAUCUUCCCAUGCCAGGCUGUUUUCGAAUGAGGAGCCACAGCUAUGUUCGAGCGAUCGAGAAAGGUUGUUCUCAAGACGACGACAGCCUGUUGCUUAGGCCAUCAUCACCCCCCCGCACAGCUACUACAGUAAGGACUAUCCAGAGCAGCACGGUAUCCUCAUGUAUUACUACGUACAAGAAGACGCCGCCUCCAGUUCCUCCAAGGACAACCACCAAACCUUUCAUCUCUAUCACGGCUCAGAGUAGCACAGAAUCCGCACAAGAUGCCUACAUGGAUGGACAUGGCCAAAGAGGGGAUAUGAUUAGUCAUUCAGGGCUGAGUAACUCCACCGAGAGUCUGGACAGUAUGAAAGCUCUUACUGCGGCCAUCGAAGCUGCCAAUGCUCAGAUCCAUGGCCCUGCAAGCCAACACUUGGACAACACAACAACAGUCAACUCCACCACUACCACCACCACCACCAUCAUCAAUGAGGACGACAGGAAAAAAAAUCAGUUCCGGAAGAACCUGUCUAUUGGAAUUCAGGUUGAUGGACCUGAGGAAGCUGCUAGGGCAGAAGAGAGACAAGCAGCCUUUCGUUAUCAGUCUGUAGGAAUUCAAGUUGAAGAAGAAAGAGCGCUGCGCAGACUGACCCGGUCUAACAGUGUUACUGCUGCCGUGCAAGCAGAUCUGGAUCUCAGGGAGCAUUUUGAAUGUCCAGUGGAACUGGCUGACCAGGAAUUCCAGUUCAGUAGGCCACUGACAAAGCAGUAUUCCCGAGAUGCUUGUACCUCUACAGUAAGCAUCCAGGGCUCAGGCAACCAUUACCAUGCGUGUGCAGUGGAAGAGGACUUUGAUGCUGAUUUUGAUCCGUCCAUAUUACCUCCGCCUGACCCAUGGAUCGACUCCAUUACAGAAGACCCCAUGGAAGCCGUGCACAGAUCAGUUUGCCACAGAGAUGGACAUUGGUUUUUAAAGCUUCUUCAGGCAGAAAAAGAACGAAUGGAGGGUUGGUGCCAACAGAUGAAGAGAGAGGAACAUGAAAAUGAUCUACCUGGUCCCAUUUUAGAGAAGAUCGGCGGUGCUGUUGGCUGUGCCCAGCUUCUGAUGUCCCAGAAGUUCUAUCAGUUCCGAGAGCUCUGUGAGGAGAACCUGAAUCCUAAUGCACACCCUAGGCCUACCUCUCAGGAUUUAGCGGGGUUCUGGGACAUGCUUCAGCUGUCAAUAGAAAACAUUAGUAUGAAAUUCGAUGAACUCCAUCAGCUAAAGGCCAAUAACUGGAAACAGAUGGACUCCCUUGAUAAAAAGGAUAAAAGGCCCCCUCCUCCAGUGCCAAAGAAGCCAUCGAAAGGUCAGGCCCCACUGGUCCGAGACAGGUCUCUGGAAAGUUCAGAGAGACAACGAAAUGAAGCCCGGAAGCGGCUGAUGUCUGCGAAACGUGCUGCAUCUGUCCGGCAGAAUUCAGCUACAGAGAGUGCUGAUAGUAUUGAGAUCUACAUCCCAGAGGCCCAGACAAGGCUAUGAAGCCAUUCCAAGAAAGACCAGAGAGAUAUUAUAUAUAUAUAUAUAUAUAUAUAUAUAUACCUAUAUCACAUACAAAAAACCUAAUAUAUAUAUAUUGUCUUUUUAUCUGGUUGAUAGAACACAAUCAAGUCUUUCAUGUAUUUGUAUUUUCAUUCUCUUUAUCUUUCUAUUGCUCUUUCUCUCCCUCAGAACUCAUAUUUCUUACAGUUUUCCUUGGUUUGAAGUGCAAACUGUAAGUUCUCCUAAGAGAUGUAUUCUGAGGCUUUAUUCCUGCUUCUUUUCUUGCCUCAUUUCGUCCUUAUGAUGUUUUUUUCUGACAGAAAUGGGUUAGAGUGCUGCUCUUUUUUUUAAAAAAACAAAAACAAAACAAAAAUAAAUAGAAAAGGGGAAGGGAGAAGGAAAAACUCUGUGCUCCUCUGUAUAAAAUUCACUAUUGUGCCCCCCUCUUUCUUUUGUUUGGAGCUACAGUAGUCUGUAAUCUAGUGUACAGCAAUAGAAAAUUGUAGGGUAUACAGUACUGUGGACUCUGACGUCUUCCUAUUCUAAACGUGAAAAAACAAAGGCUCGGGUUCCAACUCCUUUUCUUUCUAGAGCAGAUGGCGCACUUUAUUCUGAGUCUCAAAUGCACUUCUCCCUUAGGUAACAGGCGACUGAGUAGAACACUCGUAACAAUGCAAAAGGAGCAUGGCUUCUAGGGAAGGCAGUUAGCACAUCUAAAUACACAAUCAAGUUUCACACAUUCUUUGGGAUGGAUAUACACGGAAACCCAAGAAAACUGCCAUAGAGUCUGUGUACACAAAGAUAAACACAACCAAGUAGCCUUGACAUGUAAAACCUUUAUUAACAGAGACAUUUACAAGAUUUAUUUUGUGAAGUUGUAAUCUAUAUUUUGCUAAUUAUUAGUUAGAGUGCAGAAACACAAAUGUUGCGUAUCCAUAUCUUCAACUACUCAUUUAAGCAUGCCAAUGUCCGUUCUAAUAUCUUAGAUAACGAAUGGCAACACGAUUGGGAAAUUCAGCUAUAAAUGAAAAGAUUUAUGACUUAUUUUGAUAGAUACGAUACGCUUUGGCUUGAAAUGAAAUCAUGGAGUAAGCACCAGUACAGUAUUAUACAUGGCUUUGAAUGUCCAAUGUCUUUUCUUCUCAAAUGUUUGAACGUAAAUUGAUUUUUACUAUUUAUAUUACAGCACUUUUUAAUAUGGAUGCACUGAAUCCACAAUUUUUUGGGAGCCGGCUAAUUACCGGACCAAGUCCAAACCCUAAAUUGUAUAAUGCAAAUCAGCGGUCGGAAGUCUUAAAGAGAAAAAGAAAGAGGAUUUAUUUACUUCCUUGUUUGUCUGGAGUAAAGUCAUGUGAUUUUAAGAAUGUGGAUUCUAAAUCAGAAUCCUGCUGAAAAAGGCCGAAUCCCAAAUCAAAUCCUGGAUUUGGUGUAUCCCUACUUUUUAAAUUAUUUGUUUAAAAAAGAAUAAAGGGUGGGGAAUUAUCAACAUUCAAAAAUUCUCCUUCAUUUUUCUUGCUGAAUCUUAUGAGGUUGUUUCACGAUUUUUGUUUUUCAUUUAUUUAUCAUUCAUUGGGCCAUAUUUAAUUCAGAGAGAAAACGUUAUCUCAUGGUUUAUCACGUGAAAACUCAUGGACGAGAUUCAAUUAGAGGGGAAAAACUCAUAGGCUUCAAUAGAGUUUUCAGGUGAUAAACCACGAGAUACGUUUUUCUAAAGUUAAUUGCAUCUCACUUGAAUCUCAUUCACCCGAUAAACCUUUUUCUUCCUGAAUUUGACCCAAGAAUACAUUUCUUACAUUGCACAAGAUUUUUACGAUAACCCAACUCAAGAAUUCUUGACGACUUUUGCAGGUGGAUUGAUACAAAGAUGAAAGCAUUUCUGCAAAUUUGAGCUUCCAAAUGUUCCACGUGUGACAUUUGACCAAUUGUCCCUUAAUUUUAUACACAGUACAAAAAGACUAGAACCAGAAAAAGAAACUGUAAUAAUAAAUAUAAUGCUGAAUUUUUAAAAUCAUUUGUUGAAAAUGUUUCUAUGAACGUGUCUGCCCUUUUCUACAAAUAAAAACACUGCCAAUGACAGUCGCAGUAUCUUCAAUGG